CUCUAUCUUACCUUUCAACAACACUGCACAGAGACAAGGAUCCAUUUAUUUAUAUGUUUACAAAAGUGAAAGCAGUAAAUAUUUGAUCUUGUCAAAAUGACAGAAGAUCAGGACUUGAUGGCCAAGAUCAGCCAGCUUGCUGGCCAGAUCAACAGACACAAAAAUGAAAACAUUCAAAUACAAUCGCCAUACACAAGUGAGACGCAUCCUGCUCCUUAUGUCUCACGACAUACGCCACAUCGCGGACGUCCUGGUUGGGCACCAUAUCGUGGCCGACCGUACGGACGAGGACGCCCUGUAGCUCCCCACCGGCACCGUACUCUCGUUCUCAACAAUUCAACAACACCCGGAGCUUCGCAAGGCUUAACCCCUCCUCCGGGCGCGAUUUCAGACCAUGAUGGUGAUAGUCGCUCCGUCACACCGAAUGCUUGGGUCACAAAACACGCGCGGCACAUGCAGCUAAUUAACUCUGCGAUCUACGACAAAGAUGCUGAGAAACGCGUUAAAGCUCUGGAGGAGACACGCAAGGCGAAGUCACUAAAAAGGGCGCAGAUCGAACAGGACAAGGUGCUACGGUACGCUCUGGGCGUCAGCAGCAAGUUCCCAUCGAGCUCCAUGCCCCAGGUUUCUACUGCUGGUGAACCGUCCGCUGAGCAUCAGAUUUUGGUUAAUGAUAUCCCCUUUAAAGUGUCCCGCGGGGGCAGCAAGUUGAUCAGAAUUUCUAGUGCGAACCCCAUCAAUCUAAUUUUGGUCGAAAGAGCUGGCUUACCGUUAAUAGAUAAUCCAAACACUGCAAACACCACACCGAAGAGGGUGAAGAUUGCUGGAGUGGCGUUUGUUCGAAGCAAGAACGGCAAUCUUCAUCGCCUGGGAGCAGUGGCUUCAAAAAGACCACCAGGGGUAUUUAAGAAAAAGGCACUCUGCGAAAGAUUUUCCACGACCGGUACCUGCUACAAAGGACCAAGCUGUCCGUAUAUCCAUGACCCGAACAAAGUUGCUAUUUGCAAAGAAUUUCUCCAGAAUGGCAAAUGCAGCGCAGGUAUGAGUUGCGAUUUGUCUCACGAACCAUCACCUCAUAGGUCCCCUGCGUGUGUGCACUUCCUCCGAGGUCGUUGCUCUAAUCCAGAAUGUCGAUAUGCCCACAUACGAGUGACUCCUGGCGCGCCCGUGUGCAGGGAGUUUGCGACUUUAGGCUACUGUGAAAAGGGCGAAACAUGCGAGGAGAGACAUGUUCACGAAUGCCCUGACUACGCGAACACGGGUGCUUGCCAUAAAAAACACUGCCGCCUGCCUCAUGUUGACCGUGCUGGACAGAUUCGGAAGAAUGCUGCGCCUAAUGGAGGCGAUGCUGCUGACGGCACCGAAGAGUCUGAUGCCUCUAGUGAGGAAGAAGAGUACGAAGAGAUCGACUCCGAUGACGUUGACUCGGACGAUCUUGAUUCCGACGAGGCAGAGCUCAUCGAACCUGUCGACAGCGGUGAAAUCUCGCAGCAGCAAGAUUUCAUCCGAUUCUAA